CUCUCUGCCGGGGAGCGCAGCGCGAGCCCAGGAGCCUGGUGAAGUUGGGGAGACCGAGUCGGGAAGGGUGGUGGAAACCUCCAGCCGAUCUCCCACCUACUCGGCCCUGACCGUUUGGACCCGGGGAGAACGUCCCUGCUUGCGUCCAGGGGCGGACGGUGGACGCGCUGCGCACGGCCCCUCUAGGGCUGGUAGUUUUCCGACCGUCCCUGCCGAGGCCCGCUCGCCCGGCAGCCCUGCGGCUCCCGCGGCGGCGGCGGCCCCCGGCUCCCUCCAGCCAGGUAGCCGCGCCUCGGUCUCUGGGGGCGCUGUGACCCCGCUCCGUGCUGAUCCCGGGACCCCCGUUCCCCGGGCACGGGAGCUGGAGAGUGAGCCCGCCUGCUGCCGAUGGUGCUUCUGCCGCUUCCCUGAUAGCAGGAGUGACUCUUACCAGAACGUGGACUUGGAGGAGGGUCCGUUAGACCAUCAGAAUGGAAGCCGGGCGAGGAGGUCAGCUGACUCAGGAGCCGGAGUGAGAGCAGCGCACUCUCCGCCCCGGCCUGCACCAUGAACUUGCCUUCACCUUCUGUGUGCUGAGAGCCAAGGGAGGGGUACGUUGCCAGAGAGAGAUGGCUUUCUUUACUCCCUGGAAGUUGUCCUCUCAGAAGCUGGGCUUUUUCCUGGUGACUUUUGGCUUCAUAUGGGGGAUGAUGCUUCUGCACUUCACGAUCCAGCAGCGAACUCAGCCCGAGAGCAGCUCCAUGCUGCGGGAGCAGAUCCUUGACCUCAGCAAAAGGUACAUUAAGGCACUGGCAGAAGAAAACAGGAACGUAGUGGAUGGACCCUAUGCUGGUGUCAUGACAGCUUAUGAUCUGAAGAAAACGCUCGCCGUGUUGCUGGAUAACAUACUGCAGCGCAUCGGCAAGCUCGAGUCGAAGGUGGACAAUCUCGUCAACGGCACGGGCGCAAAUUCCACCAACUCCACCACAGCUGCCCCCAGCUUGGUGUCCAUGGAAAAGAUCAACGUGGCAGAUAUCAUUAAUGGAGUUCAAGAAAAAUGUGUAUUGCCUCCUAUGGAUGGCUACCCCCACUGCGAGGGGAAAAUCAAGUGGAUGAAAGACAUGUGGCGCUCGGAUCCCUGCUACGCAGACUAUGGGGUGGACGGGACCUCCUGCUCCUUCUUUAUUUACCUCAGUGAGGUUGAAAAUUGGUGUCCUCGUUUACCUUGGAGAGCAAAAAAUCCCUAUGAAGAAGCUGAUCAUAACUCAUUGGCGGAAAUCCGUACAGAUUUUAACAUUCUCUACAGCAUGAUGAAGAAACACGAGGAGUUCCGGUGGAUGAGACUUCGGAUCCGGCGAAUGGCUGAUGCGUGGAUCCAAGCGAUCAAGUCACUGGCCGAGAAACAAAACCUUGAAAAGAGAAAACGGAAGAAAAUCCUUGUCCACCUGGGGCUCCUGACCAAGGAAUCAGGCUUCAAGAUUGCAGAGACAGCAUUCAGCGGCGGCCCUCUUGGUGAACUCGUUCAGUGGAGUGACUUGAUUACGUCGCUGUAUCUGCUGGGCCAUGACAUCCGGAUCUCAGCCUCACUGGCCGAGCUCAAGGAGAUUAUGAAGAAGGUUGUUGGAAACCGGUCUGGCUGUCCGACUGUAGGAGACAGAAUUGUUGAACUUAUUUAUAUUGAUAUUGUGGGACUUGCGCAAUUUAAGAAAACUCUGGGACCAUCUUGGGUUCAUUACCAGUGCAUGCUGCGGGUGCUAGACUCCUUUGGAACAGAGCCUGAGUUCAAUCAUGCAAGUUACGCCCAGUCGAAAGGCCACAAGACCCCCUGGGGGAAAUGGAAUCUGAACCCACAGCAGUUUUACACCAUGUUCCCUCACACCCCGGACAACAGCUUUCUGGGCUUCGUGGUCGAGCAGCACCUCAACUCGAGCGACAUCCACCACAUUAACGAGAUCAAGAGGCAGAACCAGUCCCUUGUGUAUGGCAAAGUGGAUAGUUUCUGGAAGAACAAGAAAUUCUACUUGAAUAUCAUUCACACAUACAUGGAGGUACACGCCACCGUUUAUGGCUCCAGCACGAAGAACAUUCCCAGUUACGUGAAAAAUCACGGCAUUCUCAGCGGACGUGACCUGCAGUUUCUUCUCCGGGAAACCAAGCUCUUUGUUGGGCUCGGAUUCCCUUACGAAGGUCCAGCUCCCCUAGAGGCCAUCGCAAAUGGAUGUGCUUUCCUGAACCCCAAGUUCAACCCUCCCAAAAGCAGCAAAAACACUGACUUCUUCAUCGGCAAGCCAACACUGAGAGAGCUGACGUCCCAGCACCCUUACGCAGAAGUCUUCAUCGGCCGGCCGCACGUCUGGACCGUGGACCUCAACAAUCAAGAGGAAGUAGAGGAUGCAGUGAAAGCCAUCUUAAACCAGAAGAUUGAGCCGUAUAUGCCGUACGAGUUCACGUGUGAAGGCAUGCUGCAGAGGAUCAACGCUUUCAUCGAGAAACAGGACUUCUGCCAUGGCCAAGUGAUGUGGCCUCCCCUGAGCGCCCUGCAGGUGAAGUUGGCAGAGCCCGGGCAGUCCUGCAAGCAGGUGUGCCAGGAGAACCAGCUCAUCUGUGAGCCAUCUUUCUUUCAGCACCUCAACAAGGAAAAGGACUUGCUGAAGCAUAAGGUGACCUGCCAAAGCUCGGAACUGUACAAGGACAUCCUGGUGCCCUCCUUCUACCCCAAGAGCAAACACUGUGUGUUCCAAGGCGAUCUCCUGCUCUUCAGUUGUGCCGGGGCCCACCCCACCCACCAACGGAUCUGCCCCUGCCGGGACUUCAUCAAGGGCCAAGUGGCCCUCUGCAAAGACUGCCUAUAGCACAGCCGCCCGAAUCCACUCAGAUGAAAGCGAGGCGGCUCCACUUGCCAGGGCCGGGGGCCGGAAGUCGUUCAGGGACUCUGAGCAGAGCCAGAACUGUUUGGUCCAGGGCUUGGGAUUGGCACUGCUCCAGCCGCAGCCAGUGCGUCCCGGGAGUUCACGCCAAAACCGCAAGAGAGCAGAGGUCAGACCGGGGCCUGGCUUCACCUGGUGCACCGAAUGCCCUCUCUGUCCCGGAACAGCAGCUGUAGGGAAUUGUCUAGGCAGCUGCGCCUGGGUUACUUUUUUUUUUUUUUUUUUUUUUUAGAAAGGAUAAAAGUCCUGAGACUCAUUCAGCUGAAAACAAAACAAGAAGAAGAACUGAGUCGACUGGAAAGAACUUUGGGGACAUUCCUAAACCCAUUAAUUUAUUUAUUUGGGAGGGUGGGGUUGGGCUUGGAAGGGAGGAAAAGGGGUUGAACCCAGUUUCCUUUUCGUUCCCACUGUUAUUCGCCCACCUUCAGGGUCUGCUCAUUCUGCUGCUGUUAAGCAGGAUCCAGAGGGGCCGGCAGCGAGCUUGAGGGCAGCUGUGGGAGCCGGCUACUGGUAACAGGUGGCAGCAGAGAAAAAACAAUGUCUUUAGGCAGAGGGCUGUAGCUCAGUUUGUACGAUGCUUAUUUAGCAUGACAGAACCCUGGGUUCCAUCCCCAGCACUGGAUUACACCGUGAACACCUGAACAGGUAAGAAGUAGAGGCAGGGGGAUCAAACCUUCAAGGUCAUCCUUGCCUACAUAGCAAAGUCAAGGCCAGCUUAGGCUACAAAGAGACCCUGUCUUUAAAAAUAGAAAAAAAAAAUAUCUUUUAUUUAUUUUUUGCUUUGAAAACACAGCCAGCCACUGUCAAAGCAAUGUCACGGAGCUGAUGGGUCCUGCGUGUGCUUGGCUAAGGCAGCUAAAAAGCAGACAACCUUGGCGGUGACAUGCCUGUGGUGCCCUGAGGAUCCGCCAAGUUGUAAAGACAGGCUGCUGCUGAGAGGCUGCUUUCCAGGGUGCCCUUCCCACCCACCUACACAGCUCCGCCCUAGUUUCUGGUUAGAAUUCCUUUGUGGAAGAAACACGAGAUUGUGUGGUUCUUGUUCGCUGCUGUAGUGAGCUCUCCCUGCCUCUCUGUAAGGAGGGAAGUAGGAACUGAAGACUCCCAAGACCUGCCCUUGGACUUGGAAGGGAGGUCGAAGUCUCGAGCCUCAAAACAGCUAAGAUCUGGAUAAGAAUGACAGUCCUGGAGUCAGUAGCAGGAGGGGGAUUUGUGCUGUGUUCCCAGCUGGCGUCUGAUGUUGCUGAAGCCCCAGGCAUCUCUGUGAGACUGGUGGUUUCUGAGGAGGUAGAGGCGUUGAGGAUGAAUGCUAGGUGUUGUCCUCUCUGCUCCGUCAGCGGAUGUGGCCUGCAAAGGGGGAGCCUGGGACUGGCUUCUAGGUGGAGCACUGUUGUUGCAAGGAGUCUGUGGAGCCCUGUGGAGGGCCUGGCAGCCCACUGGCCUAGUCAGCCAUGCUCCAUAUCCUGGAGCCCCUUUGUGAGUCUUCCCUCCCUGCUGAAGUGUUGCUUCUGGGCGCUGUGUGUUUGUGAGUUCAUAGAGACACCUCCCAUGCUCCUCUCUGUGCUGGUGAAUGAACCGACCUGCUUCUACCUCUUGCUGUCAGCACUGUCCACCCCACCCCCAGCUGGUAGAGUAGACGUCCAGCGGGCUGGCAGCCUGGCGCCUCCCUGUGGCCGGGUGAAGCCCCAGCCAAGUCAUGGGUCUCGCUCUGAAGCAACAGAAAGGAAGAUCUGCCUUGCGGUGACUAAGGGGUAGGGAGAUGGGGCAUGGCGCUUUUCAGGUCUGGAAAAUCCAAUUUGCUUGUCUCCUGAUUUCACCCUGGGUGCAUAUGCCACAUCAAUUACACCUCCAGCUUUUAUUUUUUUCUUCAGCCCUGAGAUAGACAACGCAGGGGGCUGGGAUUCCAGUCCUAGAGAAUGCAACAGGGUCCCACAAGACGUGGCUAGAAUCACCGCUGCCCGGGUUGGGCCACCAGGCAGGCAGAAGUUAAAAAGCCUAGCCAUGAAACAUGCUUAUUAAGCUUUGCAGCAGCAGUUCCGUGUGCAGGAUGGGAGAAAACUGACCCUUCUGCCUGAUACUGGGCCUCUUGACUGCACCCCAGAGUUGGAAUCAGCUUCACUUUCCAGACCUGAAAGUCCCACAGACUGUGGGCAACAGUGCUGGCAUUCAGCCAGCAGGGGGCGCCCGGAGCGGAACCUAGCUGUAAGCAGGCACGGGGAGGCAGGAAAGCAGCUUCAUCCCUACUUACAGAAGCAGCCCAGCCCUGAGUCCAGGGCCUCCACAACCACAUUCCUCUUCUCCAGUUCAAGGCCCCGUGUCAGAAAGCCCAGGAGAGCUCUUUGUCCCCUGUCAUAAAUUCCUUUUCCUGUAUUAGCCAGAAGGGCCUUAAUUAGAGCGGGGAUGUCCCCGAAAUGCACACCAGCUCCCAGGCCUCAGAGUUAGCAAGGUAAGGCCAGGUGGCCCUCCAGAGAUCCUGAUGGGGUGUGGGCCUCCCCAUGGCAGCAACGCAGGAAUUCCCAGCGCUGGCUGUGCUCCCACAGCACCUGCAGAGCAUCAGCGAUCCUGCAGAGCCCUAGGUCUGUGUAUAAGGGAAGAGAAAUCAGAAAUCAGGGCUUUGUUUUCCUGCGCUAGCAUCACAUCUGGACUGGGCUUUAGAGUUAUUUUCCCCUCUGUGAUGUUAGGCUCUUAAGAGAGGGGAAGCGUUAUCUAAUUUAUUAAGAGGAAAAAUCCAUUUCUUCAGAAGGUGAAGGCUUUUUCAGAGCAGGAACUCCUGAGAGGGGCAGGGCCUCGCUGGAUCCCAGCCCCCCCCCCCCAGCACAUCUCUGAGUGUACUCCUAUGCAGAUGGAAGAGCUGUAUGGAGUUUUGCUUCGAGUGUUUGGGGGUUUUGUGUUGUCUCUGAGAUGAGUCUUUGUUUUAGGUAUCUGUCAAGUGUUUGGAAAUGCAUCUUCCUGACAUGUCUUUUCAUUUCUUUGGGGUUGGAUUGUGAAGGCUACGUACUGUAGAAGGCUGGCGGCAGAUUGUUCGAGCCUGGAAUAACUACGUAUGUCCACACGCGCAUGCCUAUUUGUGUUCCCCGUGUGUGUGUGCACACAAGACUGUACAUUUAGUGUGUCCGUGUGUGCGUGUGGAGCGUGCACAGGCACCCCCAGGACAGGGCUGAGGGCGUCAAGAAUCCUCCAGCCGGCAUCCUCAGGACCAGACCCUAUCUCUGAGUCUGAUGGUGUCUUCGUUAGAGUAGACGGGUGGCAGGCGUAGAUUUAUAGUCUUUCAGGAAGCUAGCAGCUUGGAGCUGAGAAUGAGUUCCUUUCAUUCCUGUUGCCUUCAACAGGAAGUGAAAAGUCAAAGCUUUUGGUUAGGGUUUUGUUUUUUUGUUUUGUUUUGUGACUAGACCGCAACCUGCAGUCACCCUGGCUGAAAUGUCGCUGAGGCAGAAAACCAGCCUUCAGGCCAGCUCUGCAGAAACAGUGGUCCCCAAAUACUUCAGCUAGUUAGCAAGAUAGAGGCCAGAGCUGUCUGCUUCCUUCUUCCUCCUCAGUGGCCGAGUGCGUGUGAAGCUGAGUUGGGUCGCGUCGGAACUGUGUCUUGUUCGUAGAUGAGUGUGUGCUCUUUAGCCCAGACCAGGGUGGUUUACCUAGACUGUAUGUAAUUAGGCGCCGCCACCCUCUCCCAAAACUCUUGGCUGAGAAGGAAAAACCCAAGUGUUGUGUUAACGACAGGCUCCGCUGUAUGUGUCAUGAUUCCAAGCCUGGACCGCUUUAUUUAUUUAAAACUAUUUUAGUUUCUCUACUGGCUCCUUAUCUCUAUCCCAUCUGUCCCUGUGUGGCUGCAGAGUGUGUCUUCGUUAGAGUAGACGGGUGGCAGGCGUAGAUUUAUAGUCAUUCAGGAAGCUAGCAGCUUGGAGCUGAGAAUGAGUUCCUUU